CCGAGCCGGAAUCAGCCACGGAGCACCACGCCAUUCAACAAUGCUUCCUCUGCCGCUGCGACUUCCGGCAUCCCUCGACCGGUGCUAGACCAGCAGCCGCCUGCUGAGUCCAGUGCUGCCGGCCUCAGCGCAAGCAGACAGAAGCAAUCCAAGCGCGAUGAGGCAAUUCGCAGGAAGAUGGAGAGCGAUCUCUCCAAGAAGAAGACUCUCACGGGCCGGUCGCGACCGAAUCGCAGAGCCCCUCCCGGUACUGUGCUUGCCCUCAAGCCGAGCCAGGCCCUCCAGAUCAAGCCUGCCACGACGGUCUCCGAGGCUGCUCAACUCAUGGCCGCAAAGAGGGAGGACUGCGUGCUGGUUACCGAUGACGAGGACCGGAUUGCCGGUAUCUUUACCGCCAAGGAUCUUGCGUUCCGUGUGGUCGGGGCUGGACUCAAGGCUGCCAACGUCACUAUUGCUGAAAUCAUGACCAAGAACCCUCUCUGUGCCAGAACCGACACAAGUGCAACCGAUGCGCUGGACCUCAUGGUCCGCAAGGGCUUCCGCCACUUGCCCGUCAUGGACGAGAACCAGGAUAUAUCCGGUGUGCUGGAUAUCACAAAGUGCUUCUACGACGCCAUGGAGAAGCUGGAGCGGGCAUACUCCUCCUCGAGAAAGCUCUACGACGCCUUGGAGGGCGUGCAGUCCGAGCUGGGCGCCAGCCAGCCGCAGCAGAUUAUCCAGUAUGUGGAGGCGCUUCGAUCCAAAAUGUCUGGGCCCACACUGGAAACCGUGUUGAAUGGCAUCCCGCCUACCACGGUCAGCGUCCGGACCUCGGUCAAAGAGGCUGCGGCCAUGAUGAAGGAAAACCACACCACUGCAGUGCUGGUGCAGGACCAGGGCGCCAUUACCGGCAUUUUUACGAGCAAGGACGUUGUUCUUCGUGUCAUUGCUCCAGGCCUGGACCCGGCCAAUUGCAGCGUCGUGCGUGUCAUGACCCCUCACCCCGAUUUUGCCCCAAUGGACAUGACCAUUCAGGCAGCCUUACGGAAGAUGCACGAUGGCCAUUAUCUCAACCUUCCCGUCAUGAACGAUGGCGGCGAAAUUGUGGGAAUGGUCGAUGUGCUCAAGCUGACUUAUGCCACAUUGGAGCAAAUCAACACAAUGUCAAGUGACAGCGGCGAAGGCCCCGCGUGGAAUAAGUUUUGGCUUUCCAUCGAUCAUGAGACGGAAUCCAUGGUGUCCGGCGACGGCAGCCUCAGCCACCACCCUCACCACGGGGGCUCUCGUAUGAUGUCGCCUGAGGCGAACCGCCUGGGUGAUAGCGUCGCUCCCAACGACUCUGCAUCGCACAUCGGAUUGGACUCACCUCCUCACUCGAUCAUUCCGGAGCACACGCCCGGCGAUAUUCCGUUUGCCUUCAAAUUCAAGGCGCCUUCAGGACGCGUGCACCGAUUGCAAGUUGUUGCGUCGCAAGGCAUCGAGUCGUUUGUGCACGCCGUCGCAUCCAAGCUCGGAAAUGAAAUCGAGACCCUUGGAGGCAUGCCUGAUGUCUAUGACGGCAGAAUCGAAGGCGCUGGCUUUGCUCUCAGCUACAUGGACAACGAGGGAGAUACCGUGUCCAUCACCACCGACAAUGACCUGCUAGAGGCCAUUCUCCUCGCCCGCCAAGCUCUUCUUGAGAAGGUCGACCUCUACGUGCAUGACUCUGAGAAGCAGCCUUCAGCUCCUUCAGUGGAGGCAAUUCCUACCCCGGUCUCAUCAUCUACAGGCCUCCGUGAGCGACGGAGAACUUACGAGGAGGAAUCAGAGAGUGAGGAGGAGGAAUCAGAGGAGGAGGAGGAACGGCCUGUUCGCCGAUCGCGGAGAUCAAGGACGGCGGUUCACCAGGAGCAGGUUAUUGCCGGUGUGCCCAACGAUCUCUUGCUGCCGGGUGCCAUCAUCACUCUUGCGGUCGUUAUUGUCGGAGUGUUUACUAUUGCUAGAGCGACUAGCCGCAGGAGCGCAACACAAGCCGCAAUGAAUGUCCAGAGCGCUGCUGUGCGGCAUGGCCGCCGCGCAUUGGCGUCUCCUCUGCCGCGAACCGUUCUGCGACAAAUCUCGACCGAAGUCAAGACGGCGACAGCCUCAAGCUCGACAUCCAAUGGACCUACCCAGGCGUGGCCGACGCCCCAGGCUGCCGCUGCCACUCCCAAGAUGGUCUCGUCAUCGAAGAAGAAGCAGAAGAUUGUCGAAGAAUAUGCCGAAUUCCAGCGCAUCCAGAAGAAUACGAGGAGCCUCGGUUCAAAGCUCGAGAAGCGCUACAUCCCCACGGAAAUUAUCAGCAAUCCUCCCCAGCCAGAGGAUGUUACGCUGGAGCUGUUGAUGGCGUCGCAGACACACAUGGGACACAACACCUCACUAUGGAACCCGGCCAAUUCACGAUACAUUUACGGCGUGCGACAGGGCGUCCACGUCAUUUCUCUUGAGACGACAGCGGCACACCUUCGACGGGCGGCCCGAGUGGUUGAGGAGGUGGCCUACCGCGGCGGCAUUAUCCUCUUUGUCGGCACCCGCAAGGGCCAGAUGGAGAUUGUCACAAGAGCUUCUGAGCUGGCAGGCGCCUACCACCUGUUCACAAAGUGGACCCCUGGAGCCAUCACAAACCGAGACGUCAUUCUCAAGACCCAGGGCAUGAAGGUGGUGGAUCACAUGGAUAAGGAGCUUGAUGGAUUCGACAUGUUCAAGGGCACGGCGAGACCGUUGCUGCCGGACUUGGUGGUUUGCCUCAACCCCUUGGAGAAUUACACGCUGCUGUACGAGUGCGGCCUGAAGAACAUUCCCACAAUUGGAGUCAUUGACACAAACACCGAUCCCUCGUGGGUCACAUACACGAUUCCCGCCAACGACGACAGUCUUCGUGCUAUGGCAUUGGUUGCUGGAGUCCUGGGCCGUGCGGGAGAGGCGGGCCAGAAGCGACGUAUUGAAGACUCCAAAAAGGGCGACAUCUCAUGGAGCACCUCUCCCGAGCUUAGCCGCCACAUGAGAAAGGAAGUGCAGGCC